UUUGUGGAACUCUGUGCGACGGUCACACCAGCGCGAACGACAGCGGAGACAAAAAUUUUCGCUCUGCGAUUAUUUGUAAAACAUUGCUUAAAAAGCAAAUAGAAGAAAUUUUAGCAUAAUCCACGCCAUGGCCUGCAACGCUAGCAAGACGUCGCUUCUGCGCGCCAUCGCCAAACGAGGCUACGCCACCUGCCCCCGUCCCGUGGGCGACCUGUCGGCCGUCAAUGUGAAGGUGCUGGAGAACAAGCUGGUGGUGGCCACCGCUGAUGCCACUCUCCCCGUUUCCCGCGUGUCCCUGGUGCUGGGCGCCGGAUCCCGCAACGAGGCCUACGACACCCAGGGCGCCUCGCACCUGCUCCGUUUGGCCGGAGGAUUGAGCACACAGAACUCGUCCGCCUUCGCCAUCGCCCGCAACAUCCAGCAGGUGGGUGGUACCCUGACCACAUGGGGUGACCGCGAGGUCGUCGGCUACACUGUGACCACCACUGCCGACAACGCCGAGACCGGGCUCCGCUACCUGCAGGACCUCCUGCAGCCUGCCUUCAAGCCCUGGGAGCUGACCGACAACGCCAAGACGGUGGUCAACCAGCUCAACGCCGUCUCCACGGAGCAACGCGCCAUUGAGCUUGUCCACAAGGCCGCCUUCCGCAACGGCCUGGGAAACUCGAUCUACUCGCCCCGCUUCCAGUUGGGCAAGCUGUCCUCCGAGAGCCUGCUGCACUACGUGGCCCAGACCUUUGCCGCCGGCCGAGCCGCCGUCGUGGGAGUGGGCAUUGAUAACAACACUCUGGCGGGCUUUGCCCAGACUCUGCAGUUCCCCAGCGGAGGCGGCAAGGCUGCCUCGGCCAACUGGUACGGCGGAGAUGCCCGCAAGGACACGACCGGACACCGUGCCGUCGUGGCCGUGGCUGGACAGGGCGGUGCUGUCUCCAACCACAAGGAGGCGCUUGCUUUCGCCGUCCUGGAGCAGGCUCUCGGCGCUAAGGCGGCCACCAAGCGCGGCACCUCGGCCGGACUCUAUGGCGAGGCCGUCAACUGCGCCGGCGGCGCUGGAGCCCAUGUCAAGGCUCUGAACGCCAGCUAUUCCGAUGCCGGCAUCUUCGGCUUUGUUGUCUCUGCUGAUGCCAAGGAUAUUGGCAAGACCGUGGAGUUCCUGGUGCGCGGUCUGAAGUCCGCUUCGGUGUCCGAUAAGGAUGUGGCUCGCGGCAAGGCUCUGCUGAAGGCGCGCAUCAUCUCGCGGUACUCGUCGGACGGCGGUUUGAUCAAGGAGAUCGGUCGCCAGGCGGCACUCACCCGGAAUGUGCUGGAGGCAGACGCUCUGCUCAGCGCCAUCGAUGGUAUCUCGCAGUCGCAGGUUCAGGAGGCGGCCAAGAAGGUGGGCAGCUCCAAGCUGGCCGUCGGCGCCAUCGGCCACCUGGCCGGCGUCCCCUACGCCUCCGAUUUGGCUUAAGUAGAUAAGCACCUGUACAUCUGUUAACCGUAAUGUAACGACUAAAUAAACCUGUUGAAGGGAACGAUCCGCGAACGUA